UCUCCAUUUUCACUGUCAUCUUACUUCUCUCUUCACUCCUCCCUCUCUCUCUCUGGGCUUAAACAAUGCUCUCUCGCUUCAUCUCCAGAUCAUCACAUCUCCGAUUACUCACCCAAAUCUCAUCCAGGACCCGUUUUCCCGACCCGAAACCCCUCUUUCCCCACUCCCCAAUCCCCGUUUUCGUCCCCAGGACCUUCCAAUUCCAAUUCUUCUCCACAAACAACAACAAUGGCGAAUCUCCGCCCUCCGAUUUCUGGAAGCUCUCCUCGGAGACGCAAUCCGUGUUCUCGGAGGAAAUUGAGGGAUCCGAAACAGCGCCACCGGAUAACACCCCUUCGUUGAGGGAUUGGGAGGGGGAGGGCGACGCGCCGCCGGAGAAGGCUAGUGAGACGGCGGCGCGUGGCGAGCAUGAGUGGGCGACGGCGGCGGGGUACGAGGCGUGGAGCUCGUUGGUGGAUGAGGGUGGGGAGAGAGUGUUCGAUAUUGGGGAAGAAGAACAGCGAGAGAUUGUGAGUUUUAACGCGGAGGAGGAGGAGAGGUUGAGGAAAGAGAAGAUGGAGGAGGAAAAGAGACUCGAGUUGGAAGAGAAAGCCCUCACUCCUAUUCUCAAAGGUCCAAACCGUGCAUUUGGUGAUCUUAUUGCAGCAUCUGGAAUCACCGACGAUAUGCUCGAUAGUUUGAUGGCUUUGAAAGACUUUGAAGGCAUCAAAGGGUUGCCCCCUCUACACGAAAUAGAAGAUAUGCGUUAUGAAAGAAGUACGAUGAAAUCCAGUAGAGCAGAAAUAGAACGACAGAAACAGGAGGAAAUUGCUAAGGCACGAGUACGACAAGUAGAUGAAAAGGGAAGGGCUUAUGGCACGGGAAGGAGGAAAUGCAGUAUUGCCCGAGUCUGGAUUGAACCUGGCGAUGGAAAAUUUGUAGUAAAUGACAAAGAGUUUGACGUAUAUUUUCCAAUGCUUGAUCAUCGGGCCAACCUUCUUCGACCUUUCUCUGAAACUAAGACUCUCGGUAUGUGGGACGUCAAGUGUACUGUAAAAGGUGGCGGUGUAUCAGGUCAAGUCGGAGCAAUCCAAUUGGGCGUCAGCAGGGCUUUGCAAAACUGGGAUCCAGAGUUGCGCCCUCCACUCCGGGAAGGUGGUUUCUUGACAAGAGACUCGAGAGUUGUUGAAAGGAAAAAGCCUGGUAGAGCGAAAGCGAGAAAGAGCUUCCAAUGGGUUAAACGUUAAGCUUUACGGUCUGUUGUUUCAGUAUUGUAUGGACAUUUGGGCAUUAGUUCCUCAUAAAGAAAUCACUUUUUGAUUCAGCAGUCAGUUUUCUUGUAGUUUUUUCGUGUGUUUCAAUCACUCUCAUGGCAUUGAUACACUGAUUUUUUUUCUUUAAAUUGAAGACAGUUAGCCAAUUUA